GCCCUCGCUCACAGCCCAGCGCUCGCCGCCGCCGCCGCCGCCUCGCCCCGCAGGUGAAGCAGGAGAGGGCCCAUCUCAGGCGCCACCAUGGUGGCCUUAUCACUCAAGAUAAGCAUUGGCAAUGUGGUGAAGACGAUGCAGUUUGAGCCCUCCACCAUGGUGUACGACGCCUGCCGCAUCAUCCGGGAACGGGUGCCGGAGGCGCAGAUGGGGCAGCCCCACGACUUUGGCCUUUUCCUCUCGGAUGAAGACCCCAAGAAGGGCAUCUGGUUGGAGGCCGGGAAGGCCCUGGACUACUACAUGCUCCGCAAUGGGGACACCAUGGAGUACAAGAAGAAGCAGCGGCCCCUGAAGAUCCGCAUGCUGGACGGGACGGUCAAGACGGUCAUGGUGGAUGACUCCAAGACGGUCACCGACAUGCUCAUGACCAUUUGUGCCCGGAUCGGCAUCACCAAUUACGACGAGUACUCGCUGGUACGGGAGAUCCUGGAGGAGAAGAAGGAGGAGCAGACGGGCACGCUCCGAAAGGACAAGACCCUCCUGCGCGACGAGAAGAAGAUGGAGCGGCUGAAGCAGAAGCUCCACACGGACGAUGAGUUGAACUGGCUGGAUCACGGACGCACUUUGCGCGAACAGGGCAUUGAUGACAACGAGACGCUGCUCCUCCGGCGGAAGUUCUUCUACUCUGACCAGAACGUGGAUUCCCGCGACCCGGUGCAGCUCAACCUCCUCUACGUCCAGGCCCGAGACGACAUCCUGAACGGCUCCCACCCCGUCUCCUUCGACAAAGCCUGCGAGUUUGCCGGCUUCCAGUGCCAGAUCCAGUUCGGUCCCCACAAUGAGCAGAAGCACAAGGCCGGGUUUCUGGACUUGAAGGAUUUCCUGCCAAAGGAGUACGUCAAGCAGAAGGGGGAGCGGAAGAUCUUCCUGGCCCACAAGAACUGUGGCAGCAUGAGUGAGAUCGAGGCCAAGGUGCGGUACGUGAAGCUCGCCCGCUCGCUCAAGACCUACGGCGUCUCCUUCUUCUUGGUCAAGGAGAAGAUGAAGGGGAAGAACAAGCUGGUCCCCCGCCUGCUGGGCAUCACCAAGGAGUGCGUCAUGCGGGUGGACGAGAAGACCAAGGAGGUCAUCCAGGAGUGGAACCUGACCAACAUUAAGCGCUGGGCGGCCUCUCCCAAGAGCUUCACCCUGGACUUUGGGGACUACCAGGACGGCUAUUACUCUGUGCAGACCACCGAAGGGGAGCAGAUUGCCCAGCUCAUCGCGGGUUACAUUGACAUCAUCUUGAAGAAGAAAAAGAGCAAGGACCACUUUGGCCUGGAGGGAGACGAGGAAUCCACCAUGCUGGAGGACUCCGUGUCCCCCAAGAAGUCGACCCUUCUGCAGCAGCAGUUCAACCAGCUGAACAAAGCCGAGCACAGCUCCGUGGCCCUCCCGGUCAUCAUCCGGCCAGGCGCCAGUGGGCCGGAGAACUUCCAGAUGGGCACCAUGCCCCAGGCCCAGCAGCAGAUCACGAGUGGGCAGAUGCACCGGGGGCACAUGCCCCCUCUGACCUCGGCUCAGCAGGCCCUCACGGGCACCCUCAACGCCAGCAUGCAGGCCGUGAAGGCUGCGCAGUCCAGCCUGGAUGACUUCGAGACCCUCCCGCCCCUGGGCCAAGAUGCGGCCUCCAAGGCCUGGCGAAAGAACAAGAUGGAUGAGUCGAAGCACGAAAUCCACUCCCAAGUCGACGCCAUCACCGCAGGCACGGCUUCCGUGGUCAACCUGACUGCUGGCGACCCGGCAGAAACGGACUACACGGCCGUGGGCUGCGCCGUCACCACCAUCUCCUCCAACCUGACCGAGAUGUCCAAGGGGGUGAAGCUGCUGGCGGCACUCAUGGAGGACGAGGGGGGAAACGGGCGGCAGCUCCUGCAGGCUGCGAAAAACCUGGCUGGGGCCGUCUCGGAGCUCUUGAAGACAGCCCAGCCGUCCAGCGCCGAGCCACGGCAGAAUCUGUUGCAGGCAGCUGGCGCGGUGGGACAGACCAGUGGAGAACUGCUGCAGGAGAUUGGGGAGAGUGACACGGACCCCCUUUUCCAGGACGUGCUGAUGCAGCUCGCCAAGGCGGUGGCCAGCGCGGCGGCCGCUUUGGUUCUGAAGGCCAAGAACGUGGCCCAGAAGACAGAGGACUCGGUGCUGCAGACCCAGGUGAUCGCUGCGGCCACCCAGUGUGCCCUCUCCACCUCCCAGCUGGUGGCCUGCACCAAGGUGGUCGCUCCCACCAUCAGCUCCCCCGUCUGCCAGGAGCAGCUGGUUGAGGCGGGGAAGCUGGUGGCCAAGUCAGUGGAAGGCUGCGUGGAGGCCUCCCAGGCGGCCACCUCGGACGAGCAGCUGCUGAAACAGGUGGGGGUGGCCGCCACCGCCGUCACCCAGGCACUCAAUGACCUGCUGGAGCACAUCAAGCAGCACGCCACGGGUGGGCAGCCGGUCGGGCGCUACGACCAGGCCACCGACACCAUCCUCAACGUCACCGAGAACAUCUUCAGCUCCAUGGGUGACGCUGGGGAAAUGGUUCGUCAGGCUCGCAUCCUGGCCCAGGCUACAUCUGACCUGGUGAACGCCAUCAAGGCUGAUGCGGAGGGGGAGACUGACCUGGAAAACUCGCGGAAAUUGCUGAGCGCCGCCAAGAUCCUGGCAGAUGCUACGGCCAAAAUGGUGGAAGCGGCAAAGGGGGCUGCGGCCCACCCGGACAGUGAGGAGCAGCAGCAGCGGCUGCGGGAGGCGGCGGAGGGGCUUCGCAUGGCCACCAAUGCGGCAGCCCAGAAUGCCAUCAAGAAGAAGCUGGUGCAUCGGCUGGAGCACGCAGCCAAACAGGCCGCUGCAGCUGCCACGCAGAUGAUUGCAGCUGCCCAGCACAGUGCCGGGGGGAGCAAGAACCCUUCCGCCCAGCAGCAGCUCGUGCAGAGCUGUAAGGUGGUGGCUGAUCAGAUCCCGAUGCUGGUGCAGGGAGUUCGGGGCAGCCAGUCCCAGCCGGACAGCCCCAGUGCCCAGCUGGCCCUCAUUGCUGCCAGCCAGAACUUCCUGCAGCCUGGUGGGAAGAUGGUGGCUGCCGCCAAGGCUACGGUGCCCACCGUCUCGGAUCAGGCCUCUGCCAUGCAGCUCAGCCAGUGCGCUAAAAAUCUGGCGGCAGCUCUUGCCGAACUCCGCACAGCAGCCCAGAAGGCGCAGGAGGCCUGUGGCCCACUGGAGAUCGACUCGGCCCUCAGCCUGGUGCAGAGCCUGGAGAGAGACUUGCAGGAGGCCAAGGCAGCUGCCCGGGAGGGCAAGCUGAAGCCCCUCCCAGGGGAGACGAUGGAGAAGUGUGCCCAGGACCUAGGCAAUAGCACCAAGGCCGUCAGCUCCGCCAUUGCUCACCUGCUGGGAGAGGUUGCCCAGGGCAACGAGAACUACACAGGGAUUGCAGCUCGGGACGCGGCCCAGGCGCUGCGCUCCCUCAGCCAGGCUGCCCGGGGCGUGGCUGCCAGCACAGAGGACCCUCAGGCCCAGGCAGCCACCCUGGACUGUGCCGGAGACGUCAUGGACAAAGCCAGCAGCCUCAUCCAGGAGGCCCGUAAGGCGGUGUCCAAGCCAGGGGAUGCGGAGAGUCAGCAGCGCCUGGCCCAGGUGGCCAAGGCCGUGUCCCAAGCCCUGAACCGUUGUGUCAACUGCCUGCCUGGUCAGCGGGACGUCGAUGCUGCCAUCCGCACCGUUGGCGAGGCCAGCAAGAGGCUGUUGGCUGACUCUUUUCCUCCUAGCGCCCAGAACUUCCAGGAGGCCCAGAGCCAGCUGAACCAGGCUGCAGCCGGCUUGAACCAGUCAGCCAAUGAGCUGGUGCAGGCAUCGCGGGGGACGCCCCAGGACCUGGCCAAGGCUUCCGGCAAGUUUGGCCAGGACUUCAAUGAGUUCCUACAGGCCGGGGUGGAGAUGGCUGGACAGUCCCAGGUCAGGCACUUACUAGAGGUAACCCAGCCCAAGCCAGUCCUCCUGCAGCACUCGGCCAGCCGGCUGAGAAAAGGGUGCAGGGGCCCCUCCAGAGUGCUGCUGGGGGCCAUGCAGGCAGAAAACAGGCCUCGCGGGGAGCCCCCCGUUUUCGGCUGGCCGAGUGCUGCAGCAGAAGGAGAUGGACUGUUUUGGCUGGCAGAGGCACCCCGAGCCAGAUCUCAGCACCCCGAAGGCCAAAUCUGGCCGAUGGGCCUUCAGUUUGACACCCCUGCCGCCUUGGGGCCUCCUUGCCUUCCGCAGGUCUUGUCGGCCGCGACCAUUGUGGCCAAGCACACGUCUGCCCUGUGCAAUACUUGCCGACUGGCCUCCUCCCGCACCGCCAACCCAGUGGCCAAGCGCCAGUUUGUCCAGUCCGCCAAGGAGGUAGCCAACAGCACAGCCAACCUCGUCAAGACCAUCAAGGCCUUGGAUGGCGCUUUCACCCCAGAGAACCGCGAGCGCUGCCGCGAAGCCACAGCCCCGCUGAUCGAAGCGGUGGAGAACCUGACCGCCUUCGCCUCCAAUCCCGAGUUUGCCACCAUCCCCGCCCAGAUCAGCCCAGAGGGGCGCAGGGCCAUGGAGCCCAUCCUCUCCUCCGCCAAGACCAUGUUGGAGAGCUCGGCUGGCCUCAUCCAGACCGCUCGCUCGCUGGCCGUCAACCCAAGGGACCCUCCCAAGUGGUCGGUGCUGGCGGGCCAUUCGCGUACCGUCUCCGACUCCAUCAAGAAGCUGAUCACCAACAUGAGGGACAAGGCCCCUGGCCAGAGGGAGUGCGACGAGGCCAUUGAAACGCUGAACAGGUGCGUCCGCGACGUGGACCAGGCCUCCUUGGCAGCCAUCAGCCAGCAGCUGGCGCCUCGCGAAGGCAUCUCCCAGGAGGCCCUGCACAACCAGAUGCUCACAGCUGUUCAGGAGAUCAGCAACCUCAUUGAACCCGUGGCAGGAGCUGCUCGUGCUGAGGCCUCCCAGCUGGGCCACAAGGUCUCCCAGCUGGCCCAGUACUUUGAGCCCCUGGUCAUGGCGGCGGUGGGCGCGGCCUCCAAGAUGCUGAAUCACCAGCAGCAAAUGACCCUUCUGGACCAGACCAAGACACUGGCGGAGUCCGGCCUGCAGAUGCUCUACACGGCCAAGGAGGCCGGGGGGAACCCCAAGCAGGCGGCCCACACGCAGGAGGCCCUGGAGGAGGCCGCGCAGAUGAUGAGGGAGGCGGUGGAAGACCUCACGGCCACCCUGAACGAGGCCGCCAGUGCCGCGGGGGUGGUAGGCGGCAUGGUGGACUCUAUCAGGCAGGCCAUCAACCAGCUGGACGAGGGUCCGAUGGGAGAGCCCGAAGGCACCUUUGUGGACUACCAGACCACCAUGGUGAAGACGGCCAAGGCCAUCGCUGUGACGGUGCAGGAGAUGGUGACCAAAUCCACCACCAACCCGGAUGAACUUGGCACCUUGGCCAACCAGCUCACCACAGACUAUGGGCACCUAGCCCUGCAGGCCAAGCCCGCUGCCCUCACGGCCGAGAAUGAAGAGAUUGGCGCCCACAUUAAGAACAGAGUGCAGGAACUGGGCCACGGCUGUGCCGCUCUCGUCACCAAUGCUGGAGCCCUCCAGUGCAGCCCCAGCGACGCCUACACCAAGAAGGAGUUGAUCGAAUGCGCCCGCAAGGUUUCGGAGAAGGUUUCACACGUGCUGGCCGCCCUCCAGGCUGGCAACCGGGGCACCCAGGCAUGCAUCACCGCAGCCAGUGCUGUGUCGGGCAUCAUCGCUGAUCUCGACACCACCAUCAUGUUUGCCACCGCUGGAACCCUCCACCGGGAGAAUGCGGAGACCUUCGCUGACCACAGGGAAGGGAUCUUGAAGACAGCCAAAGCGCUGGUGGAAGACACCAAAGUGCUGGUGCAGAAUGCCACUGCGAGCCAGGAGAAACUGGCCCAGGCUGCGCAGUCCUCGGUGACGACCAUCACACGCCUGGCAGAGGUGGUGAAGCUGGGAGCUGCCAGUUUGGGCUCUGAGGACCCUGAGACUCAGGUGGUCCUGAUCAACGCAGUCAAGGACGUCGCUAAAGCCCUGGGAGACCUGAUCAGUGCCACCAAAGCCGCCGCUGGCAAGUCUGGGGACGAUCCUGCCGUAUACCAGCUGAAGAACUGCGCGAAGGUGAUGGUCACCAACGUCACGUCACUCUUGAAGACCGUCAAAGCUGUGGAGGACGAGGCCACAAAGGGGACACGGGCACUGGAGGCCACCAUCGAGCACAUUCGGCAGGAGCUGGCGGUAUUCUGCUCCCAGGUGCCCCCUGCCAAGACCUCUACGCCGGAAGACUUCAUUCGCAUGACAAAAGGCAUCACCAUGGCAACAGCCAAGGCGGUGGCAGCUGGCAACUCCUGCCGGCAGGAAGAUGUGAUAGCCACAGCCAACCUGAGCCGCCGUGCCAUUGCUGACAUGCUCCGCUCUUGCAAGGAAGCUGCGUGCCAUCCAGACGUGGGCAGUGAGGUGCGGCACCGAGCGCUGCGCUUUGGCAAGGAGUGUGCGGGUGGCUACCUGGAGCUCCUGGAGCAUGUCCUGGAGAUCCUGCAGAAGCCCAGCCACGACCUGAAGCAGCAGCUGGCCGGCUACUCCAAGCGGGUGGCUGGCUCCGUCACGGAGCUCAUCCAGGCGGCCGAAGCCAUGAAAGGGACGGAGUGGGUGGAUCCUGAGGACCCCACGGUCAUUGCCGAAAAUGAGCUGUUGGGGGCAGCCGCUGCGAUCGAGGCUGCAGCAAAGAAGCUGGAGCAGCUGAAGCCGCGAGCCAAGCCCAAGCAAGCAGAUGAGAGCCUCAACUUCGAAGAGCAGAUCCUGGAGGCAGCCAAGUCCAUCGCUGCGGCCACCAGCGCUCUGGUGAAGGCAGCCUCUGCGGCCCAGAGGGAGCUGGUGGCCCAAGGCAAGGUGGGCGCCAUCCCAGCCAACGCCCUGGAUGACGGACAGUGGUCUCAAGGCCUCAUUUCAGCCGCCCGGAUGGUGGCUGCUGCCACCAACAACCUCUGUGAAGCUGCCAACGCGGCCGUCCAAGGCCAUGCCAGCGAAGAGAAGCUCAUCUCCUCGGCCAAGCAGGUGGCGGCCUCCACGGCGCAGCUACUGGUGGCGUGUAAGGUGAAGGCAGACCAGGACUCCGAGGCCAUGAAGCGCCUGCAGGCGGCCGGCAAUGCGGUCAAGAGGGCCUCGGACAACCUGGUGAAGGCGGCACAGAAGGCGGCGGCCUUCGAGGACGAGGAGAACGCGACGGUGGUGGUGAAGGAGCGGAUGGUCGGGGGGAUUGCGCAGAUCAUCGCUGCCCAGGAAGAGAUGCUGCGCAAAGAGCGGGAACUGGAGGAGGCGCGCAAGAAGCUGGCCAUGAUCCGGCAGCAGCAGUAUAAGUUCCUGCCCUCUGAGCUGCGGGACGAAGGGCAGAACUGAGCUGCUCCAAGCAAGGGCGGCCCUCCUCCUAGCCGGGCCCCGGGGCCCUUGCCGCCAGGCCCACUGCUUCUCCUGCGCAAGCCCCGAAGCCCCUUUGUGCGCUACUCUGGGCUGCCCCUCCCGGGAGCUUUCCCUGUGCCUUGGCUGCCUGCUCAGCCUGAUUGUCUUGGGGGGCUGUGGAGCCCCCUUGGGGCUGUGCAAUCGGUGGGGAGGAUGGACCAUGGGCUCUGCCCACCCCUCCUAGUCUCUGCCUCUGGGCAUUCUGCCUUAAGGGUGGGCGCUGCUGGCCUCUGGCCAAAGGCUCUGCCCUCUGAUUCCCAAGUGCCUGCCAGACCCCCACAGCCCUCCCACCUCGCUUGGCUGCCCCCACCCCCUGAGCCUCCUUCCCCUGUGGCGGGAGCCCCUCUCCUGCACAAGCCCCCAAGUGCAGCUGUGCUUGACCGCAUCCGGGACCAUUCGCCCACUGAGGCUUCUCACCUGUUUGUACUUUUGAUACACCCCUAAGGCAGGGAACCCAGGCCUGGGAAGCGGGAGGGCGAGGGGUCUGCUUCCCAGCCCCUCGGGCUGUCUGGAAAGGCCUGGUCUGCAAUAAACUGGUUCC